CACAAAAGCCUGCCAACCUACCAGAAAAUAAACCCAGUAUCAAUUAAGUGGUGUUUUAUUACAAACCGACUAUCUACCUAGCAUUCAUAUACCUUCGGAUAUGAACACAAUGGCAUAUCUUCCACCGAGGUCCAUUACCGAAGAAAAAUCAAUACUGCCAGAACCAGUGCCGACGCCAUCAUCUAAGAAGUCCGCAGCCGCAGACACGUCGUUGCGAAACCGCACUCCACUGAGCCCACUCCAGCGGAUUGCUUUUGUGCUCGUAUCCUUUGUCGCGGCAAGUUGCGAGAUGGCCCUCAAGCUCACCUUUUUGAUAAUUAUUUUUCAUCCCCUCCAGUCUCUGUACACAGGCGUCAAUGGCGAAUAUGUGGAUCCCGAUUGGCGGUGGUAUUUGAGCAUAUGCCUCAAGAUUACGGGUUUAUUGUUUGUGAUCGGGACCAUUGCAGAAGCGGUCGCGUACCUCAGCUGGCGCGUACGCGUGGUGCGAUCGAGGAGAGAUGGUGUCAGCAGUAUACCGGUAUUUACGUUUCCGGUGUCGACGAUAUAUUUCGUAUUUGCACUUUAUCCUAUGGUUGACCUAUGCUCUGCUCUGAAUAGCGAAGAGCCACUUUUGGCGAGCUCGGAUCCGGAUACCUGAUAAAAAGUAGACAGAGCUUUUCCCCUUCACAUUUCAAACUGGUAACUGGCUCCAAAUAUGAUACUUGCCGGUGAAUAUGGCUGAACUACCUCUCGGUCAAUCGAAUGGCUUAGUCAUCCAGAUUAGUCCGAUUCAAGCUCAUUUAUUAGCGCACCGUCUAGUUGCUUAAGGAAUCAUAUCCAUAUGCAUCCAAUUACGAGCCAGAUGCCUUGCCCAGUGCGUAAUCAGAUAAUAUUUUCUCAAAACCUUCGUAGAGCUAUUAAGUGUUG